GCAUAUCGGACUAGUUCUCUUUACAACAGUCGUGCGGAAUCUCCCACAGGAAGUAUAUAAUCGCACAGCUAGAUAAUCUAUCAGCUACAAGUCUUGAUCCGCGGGAGCAGCUUACCUUGAAAAAAGGUGCGCCAUCGACCUCAAAUACUUAAGCUCAGUCGCGUCCACCAUGAGCACUCCCACAACCUCUAUCACACCAGGUCUGACCUCGUUCCUGAAGUCUCUGAAGACAAAGCCAGCCGAGCCAGCUAUAGAGCUACUCAUAUCACUUCUCAAGCGUCGACAGAUCCGAAACUCCCGACCUUGCGCAAUCGCGACGACCGAACUUUUAUUGCGAGUUGUGGGACAAUACAACGGUAGUGAUGCGGACGGUCUACUUCGACGAGUCCGAGAAGUCGGCCAAAGACUCAUCAAUGCACAGCCCAGAGAAAUGGUAGUGGGAAAUAUCGUGCGCCGUGUGUUGGGUCUAGUAAGGGAGGUUGCAAAGGAUAACGCAGACGACGUAUCGAAUACAACGCCAAGCGGAGCUCUGAGCCCUCAACAAGAACAAGACGGGCUGUCUCAUCCCCAGAGACCACCUCUACCCUCCACAAUUUCGGCCUUCAGUCCUCUGAAACAUGGAGCAACUCAACCCGUAGAUAUACCUAUGAGCGAAAACUUGUCAGAUUCGAUUGAGCUCCCCUCUAGGCCACAACUUAUUUCUUCAGCCACUUCAUAUGCACAAGGGACGAUGCCAAUGGGAAAUUCAUUAUUUGGAAUCUUUCAGCAGUCAGAUACCCCCUCACCGUCCAUGACUCCUUUAGCCACCACGGGAACCAUCACACCGCGCGUACCUACUGCUCAGGACUUCACCGUCGGAACUAACAGAAGUGGUGGGAAAAUCAAUCUCAAAGCUGAGGUCAUCGAAGGCAUCAACGAACUGGCGGAUGAACUCCAACAAGCAGAUGACCAGAUUGCUGGUUUUGCUAUGGACCAUAUCCAUGCGAAUGAGAUGAUUCUGAUACAUUCUGUCUCAACGACAGUCCAGAAAUUCUUACUAACAGUCGCGAGGAAACGGAAGUUUACCGUCAUAGUCGCGGAGGGAUCCCCCAAUGACGCUGAAGAGACGCACGAUACCGUGCUUAAUGGUCGACGCAAGGUCACUGACGAACUGGAGGGCGAAGACCGGUUCAAACCGCUACAUGCUGCAGGCAUAGAGACCGUUGUCAUAUCCGAUUCCCAAAUUUCUGCAAUAAUGCCGCGGAUCAACACGGUCAUACUUGCGACUCAUGCAGUGCUUGCAAAUGGUGCAUUGUUAGCAGCGAGCGGCGCUAGCAUCAUCGCUACGCUCGCAAAAGCUCAUCGUACUCCAGUGUACGUUCUCAGUCCCGUUUACAAGCUCAGCCCUGUCUAUCCUUUCAACGACGAAGAGCUCAUUGAGUACGGAGACCCCGGCAAUGUUGUUGACUUCUCGGAUGGAUAUGCCGUUGAGCAUUUUGAAGUCAUGAACCCGCUCUAUGACUAUGUUCCAGCCGACCUCGUCACCUUGUAUAUCACUAAUAUCGGGGGCCAUGCUCCAACUUAUCUUUACAGGAUUGUGGCCGACCACUACUAUAAAGAAGAUGUUCAAUUCUGAUUUACCAAGAUUGACAAUCUUUUGAAUCUUCCGAAAAUACAUAGCCAAUUCAAGAAAUAGAUGACGGGAAGCAAAAGCGUUUAGCGUCCUUUUUAAAACAGAUACCCAAUAAAUCUUUCUACGUCACAUUCCUGUCUCAUAUCCCGUCCGUCCGUCAGCACUGCAGUGCUUGACGCUCUG